CUUCUCUUCCCUCCACUCAAUUCCUCUUCUUUCGUUUCUCUUCCUUCUUACAAUCAAAGAACAUAGAUAAGGUUAAACCAAAACACUGUCUGAACAAACAAAAAAACUUGUAUUCUGUCUGAACCAAGAUCAAGAACAAUGGCCUGCACUAAUCUAACAACAAUGUGGGGUGUUUCAUCAAACCCAUCUCUUUCAGACUCCUCCUCCUUGUCGUUCCGCUCCGUUCUCAGCCCGCUUCCUCUCCCAAACCACAACAUCUCCCCUUCAAGAUCCUCCUCCGUUGCUCCAAUCCAAUCCUCCCUCCGUGAGCUCAGAGACCGAAUCGACUCAGUCAAAAACACUCAGAAGAUCACCGAAGCCAUGAAGCUCGUCGCCGCAGCAAAAGUCAGGAGAGCUCAAGAAGCUGUCGUCAACGGACGACCCUUCUCCGAAACCCUAGUCGAAGUUCUCUACAACAUCAACGAACAGCUUCAAACCGAUGACAUCGAUGUGCCCUUAACCAAGAUCAGACCGGUUAAGAAAGUGGCCCUCGUCGUCGUAACCGGAGACCGUGGGUUAUGCGGUGGGUUCAAUAACUUCAUCAUCAAGAAAGCAGAGGCGAGGAUCAAGGAGCUUCAAGGGUUAGGUCUUGACUACACAGUCAUUAGCGUGGGGAAGAAGGGAAACUCUUACUUCCUCCGCCGUCCGUACAUCCCCGUCGACAAGUACCUCGAGGCCGGGACCUUACCGACGGCGAAAGAGGCUCAAGCCGUUGCCGAUGAUGUCUUCUCUCUGUUUAUAAGCGAGGAGGUCGACAAGGUCGAGCUCUUGUACACGAAGUUCGUGUCUUUGGUCAAAUCGGAACCCGUGAUCCACACGCUACUACCUCUAUCUCCCAAAGGAGAGAUCUGCGACAUUAACGGGAACUGUGUUGACGCUGCUGAAGACGAGCUCUUCAGGUUAACGACCAAAGAAGGGAAGCUGACGGUCGAGAGAGAGACUUUCCGGACGCCGACUGCUGAUUUCUCGCCGAUCUUGCAGUUCGAGCAAGACCCUGUUCAGAUUCUUGAUGCUUUGUUGCCUUUGUAUCUGAACAGUCAGAUUCUUAGGGCCUUGCAGGAGUCGUUGGCGAGUGAGCUCGCGGCUAGGAUGAGUGCGAUGAGUAGUGCUUCGGAUAAUGCAUCGGAUCUUAAGAAAUCGCUUUCGAUGGUUUAUAAUAGAAAACGUCAGGCUAAGAUUACUGGUGAGAUUCUUGAGAUUGUUGCUGGAGCUAAUGCUCAGGCCUGAUUUGUUAUGAUCAGACUCUUUUUUUUUUAUAUAUACUAUUUUCGGUCGUACAAUGUAUAAUCGUCAAGAACUCCUAUUAUCUUUAUAUAAUCAUGCGAUUACCAACAUAAUAAGGUUGUAUAUUCUCGCAGCUUUGCUAGGAUAUUUUAAAGGAAUGUUUUAUUUCUGUUUAUAUCA